AUGGGCUGGUUCUGGACAGAUGCAACGGCAGUGCCGACGAGUGCGCCACAUCCACUUCCUAGAUCAUCGAGCAGCGAACCACCACCAUCAUGCCCUAUGCACAACUCAUCGCGCAAGCCUACACCUCCACCAGCACAACUACCACCUGCGAACGACAAGGAGAGCGCAUGCCCCUACAAGCCUGGCGAAUCUGAAACUCCUACUGCAUCCCCAUCAUAUAUCUCGAAGCUGAAUCCGCUGAAUUACAUGCCAUCGAACAUAUCGAAUGUGAAAGAGUCAACCUCACAAGCAGUCAUCCUACCACUAGAGCGAGAAGCAUCCACAAUACCACGAGGCGAUGGCACAGGGACAUGGGAAUAUCCUUCGCCACAGCAGAUGUAUAAUGCUAUGCUGCGGAAAGGAUACACGGAUACACCUGCGGAACAUGUGGAGAGCAUGGUGGCAGUGCAUAACUUUCUGAACGAAGGCGCGUGGGAGGAGAUCAAGGGAUGGGAGCAGAGAUUCGGCCGAGGAUUAUCUGCAGGCUGGGACGCAUGCCGGAAGGGUGAAGAAGGCGCGAUUAUGGAGGCGAUGCGGCGAGUACGGAGAGGAGAGGUGGAUGCUGAGCCAAAGCUACUGCGCUUCAUGGGACGACCGAACGAGCCGACACCGAAAGCACGAAUGCUAGGUUUCAUGGCAUGGCUAUAUCCUAGCCAGUUCCCAGACAACCCACCUUUCGACCGACACGACUGGUUUGUGCAACGACAACAUGCGAAUGGUGAGAGUCGAGAAGUGCGGUAUGUGAUUGAUUACUAUUCUGGACCUCCUGAGCCGACUGGUGAACCCGUCUUCUUCUUGGAUGUCCGACCUGCUGUCGAUGGUCCCACUGCGGCUUGCGAGAGAAUGAUGCGAUGGGGUGGCGAUGUGUGGUAUAAGGCGAGCGGCGGCAGUGUACGCGAAGAGCUCGCAAGGCACAAGCAGGCUGGUGGGAGAUGA